AUGGAUUGCCAGGAGAUCGACCAUGGAGACCCUUCCACGAUCGAAGCAGCCGCUGUCUCCAAAAAUGACGUUGGACCAAGAAGUUUCCGACUCGACGAUGGUAGCCACACCCCGAUUAUUGAAGAGCUCUCGACCGCCCUAGACGCCAUGAUUCUCUCCGUCGCCAAGAAAGAUCGCCACGUAGCUGAAGUCCAAGAUAGCCUCGUGGCUCAUCAUAUCGCCAUCAAAGAGCAUAGACAUCGUAUUCUCGAGGCUCGAAGCGUAAUCUCUGCACACCAAGGUGCCAUAGCAGAAAACAAAAAUUAUAUUAAAGAGGCUGAAGCAAGUCGGAACAAAACAGCGGCGAGGACGGAGCUUGGUACUGCGUUUUCGAUGCAAGAGACCUAUCAGACAAUAGAACGAGCUAGCUCUGCUGCGAUAGCUGAGAGUAGACGGAGAAUCUUUGAGGCGGACGAUGUGGUAUUGGCGCACCAAGCUGCUAUUGCCGAGAAUGGACGAAGGAUUAUUGAGUUAGAGAAGGCGAGGGUUGAUGUUAUUCAUGAGAGAAGGCGGAAGAAGAAUGAGGUGGCUGAUACCCGGUCGUUGAUGGUGAGAUGCCAAAGAGAUCUGGGAGUGACAAAAGCUGCGAAAUCAAGGGCAACAACGUCGUAUGGGGUGAGCUUGCGACCACAGAGCGAGGCCAACGUGAGCUUCUUGCCGAUUUAA